CGAUUUGGGCAAAUUGGUUAUGAAAAUUGCCUUAACAGUACUUGCCUGCUCAGACGUUCGUAAAGUGAAGGCGUUGGGCCAUUCACUUCGGUCGCCACCCUCGUCGGAACAGAGCCGCCGGAGCUCCGUCGCCUCGCUAGCUUUAGCGACGGAAUAAUUCGCCGCUGAGAGCGACACGACCGUCGUCUCCGAUCGACUCCCAGCUCAAUUUCCGGGGAAGGGGGGCAAAUCCCCACUUGCCGACCAUCUCCCGCAACCCAAUUUGUAGGGUUUCGGCUUGCUCUCGAUUGCAUUUCGAGGGGGGCAAUGAGUUUGGUUGGAAACCUUUUUGUGUUGUGGUGGUCUGGCCACUGGAUAGGCUUCCUCUCCUUCAGCUCGAUAAAACUCCAAUCUCAUACAGGAACCCCCUCCGCAACCCCCUCCUCUUUCCUUCUUGGGGUUUGUUCUCAGGGUGUCACUGGCAGAACAGAGUACCUGGGAAUAACUAUUUUGAGUUGCCCUCAAUGGAAGAAACUGAACCAGUUUCUGGAGAUGGUACGGUAACUUCCUUGAUAGAUCAGCUGAGCAAGGCACUUCUUGAAUUGGAAGCCUCUAAGCACGUUUCUGAGGAGACUAUUGCGUGGACUGAAAUUGAGGAGCACUUCCGCAACCUUGAUUCUAUGUUCAGAAAAAAGUUUGAUGAGCUUGAAGUUAUAGAGACAGAUAUUGCGGCAAAAAGAGUUGAAACUGAGGCAAUUUGGGCAGAGAGAGAGGCGGCUGUUGCUGCAAAGGAACAGGAAAUGUUAGAUCGAGUGCAGGAGCUAAAAGAUGCUGCAGUUGCUGCCAUCAUAAAUUCACGCAUGAAUCGCCAAGAAUCUAAUGCUGAGGCAGCUGAUGAUGGCAAUAUCAAAGAUGGCAAGGUAAGUGGCUCUCUUAGUGAUGCAAGUAGAAAAGAGGAUAUAUGUCCUAGUAAUAUUGAUGAAGCUGAAGGCUUGACUGAUGUCAAGCCUUGUAGAGAGCUGAUACAAUUUUGUGAGCAGAUGGAUGCAAAAGGGCUUCUGAAUUUUACUUUGAAGAAGCAAAAUAACUUAAAUGCUAUUUGUCGGGAACUUUCUGUUGCUCUACAAUGUGCAACAGAUCCGGCCCGUUUGGUGCUGGACUCUCUGGGGGGUUUUUACUCUCAAGAUGAGACAGACCAACCAGAAACUAGGAGGGAUGCUGCCCUUCAGGGCAUGCAAAAAUCCUGUAUUACCUUCAUGGAUGCCAUGGCCACCUAUUUGGCGGGGGUUGAAUCAGGUGCUGAUCACCUUCUGAACCCUGAAAUAAGGCAGCAAGCCAAGGCAAUUGCUGAUGAGUGGAAGCUUAAGUUGUUUAGUGAUGGCACUAAUGCUAUCAAUGGGAAUGCAUUAGAAGCAGAAGCAUUUUUGCAGCUCCUCUCGACUUUUAAUAUUGCUUCAGAGUUUGAUGAAGCUGAACUCUGCAAGCUUGUUCCCGCAGUUGCUCACCUCAGGCAAGCACCUGAGCUUUGCCGUUCUCUUGGGUUGACUGAGAAAGUUCCAGGUGUUGUCGAAUCCCUUAUCAAUAGCGGGCAACAAGUCGAUGCUGUACAUCUUAUACAUGCUUUUCAGCUUACUGAAAGAUUUCAUCCAGUGCCCCUCUUGAAGACAUACUUGAAGGACUUGAGGAGAAAUUCGCAGGGGGUAGGUGCAAAGUCGGAAGGUGGUGCUAUUGCAUCGAGUCAAGCAAAUGCACAAGAACUCGAGGCACUCAAGGCUGUGAUCAAGUGUGUCAAAGAUUAUGGACUUGAGGCUAGUUACCAACUAGAUCCCCUCCAGAGAAGAGUCACUCAAUUAGAGAAAGCAAAAUCCGACAAGAAAAGGGCUGGAGAGCUUGGGGGGAAUCAAAAAUCAAAAAAGUUAAAGUCAAAUGGAGGAUUUUAUAAAUCUCGUGCUCAAGGAGCCAAUGCUAUUGGUAGGCAAGUUCCUGCCUUCAACCAAAAUGCGCCGUACUUGGGGCCAGCAGUGAGGUUCGCAGCAAAUUAUCAACUUCCAGGGCAAUCUGAGUAUGCUUAUCAGGCUAGUAAUCAAGGACUACAGUACACUCAUCAUGAAAGGUUUGCAGCAUCCUCUUUCAACUCCUCCGUGCCAAAAUAUGGUGCUCACAUCCGCGGUGGUUUGCCAUCUUCACACCCACCGUACUCAUGAUUACCGGAUUUAACACAUGUUCGGUUGAUCUGGUGUUACUUAUGCUUUGACGCUCGGAGCUAACUUUGUAUUUUCGACGACACAAGAGUGUCUUUGACGGCCCUUUUUGUAAUGCACAUGGGAAAGAAACUCUGGUCGUCUCUCUUUACCGAUGAUCAGAUCCUUUUUAACAAAUGCCAUUGUCGACUAGAAACCGAUGAGAUGGCCUUCUGCUUGUGCCUGAACAUCUAUUCAAUGAAAGAGGCUAUCAUUUUA